GUGUUUUGACAGAAUUUGAAACAUGUCAAUCAAAAUUUAAUUGUAAUGAUUUAUUUUACAAUAAAAAAUGAAAUAUAAGGAAGAUAAUUUGAAAUGAACGAACAAAAGACCAAGAAGACUAAUAGUAUUUCCCAGCACGGACCGGAAUCCCCGCAACGGCGGGUAUCAUUCUCCAAACCGUCCAAGUUCUCAAAGGCGUCGUCCUGGCGGAUGGCCAAAGGCUCUGCGCAUGGAGCCACAGAUAAAUCCACUCCAGUGCCUCGUGCUAUUUCUUUUUCUCGGCCUUCUAAAUCUUCCUUGAAGCAAGGAUCACAUAAAACCAUAGGAGUAUGCACAAGAAACAAAAACCGAGACGCGACAUCCUCGACGACGGUGGACACUCGUCGGCGCGUGCAGGACCCGACGCCCGCGCACCUCAAAUAUGGCACGUUCCGCAGACUCUCAAAACUCCGGCAAUCCCAAGAAGACCAGUUACUCAGCCCAAGACGCGAGUCCAAACCCAUCUUCGUGGCGCGCUCGAGCGCCACGAAGAAGAGGUGGCCGUCGCCUACGGACCCGCCGAGGACUGAGAGAAGUAGUAUUAGUCCACCUACCGUCACGGAGCCUCGCCAGCAGUCCCCGCUCCGGCGGCCCGCAAGACAAGUCACCCUUUCCCGAACAGAGCCUUUACAUCUCGACAUCAAGCCGAAGAGAUUCCCGUCUAUGCUGUGGUGCUAGAUAUGGCCACAGAAUAAGUUAAGCGGUAUCCAGACGGGAUGAUCAAAUCGACCAAAUGAAAUUGGCGUCAAUUUCCAAUUUAAUCACCAAUUUUAGAUUUAUGGUGAGCCCUCUAAAUUGAAAAAAUGCCCCAGAACGAAAAUAUCUCGCGUCCGCACCUUAUUUUAUCGGUAAUUAUCGGCGAGCCAAAUUGGCGUUUGCGUCCGCACGUCCUGAUUCGAUCGGGCAAUUUAAUCAGAUUGGCGAAAAAUGGACUAGUCUGGAUAAGCCUUUAUAGUACUGCCGUACAGCGGGCCGAUUUUUGAAUUCCGACCGCUCGAUUUCGGCACUCGAAAAUCGGUGGAAAACGGAGAAAUACUAAUUUUUGAAAUACGAGCGAUAGAAAUUGGGAAUCGUGUGGUAUUGACCACUCGAUUUCAAUUCAAUUAGAAUUUAAAUGCCUAGAAGUGGAAUCUUAAACAUUGCGAGGGUUUCAAGGCACGAGGGUUAAAGAAACUAUGCCUCCGAGUGAAACACAUUGUUCACUACACCAACGCCAGGAAAAUACACUCGACUAUGAAGUACUAAAAUAAAACCAAAUCAAAUCCAUAUGAACGUAAUAAAAAAAACAUUCAAAACCACCUUUUAAAAGUCAAUUCUACUAAUAACAUUUAAAGGAAAACUCAAAAUAUGCAUCUGAUUACUUUGCCCCACACAUGUGGAUAAAAUGCAACUUUCGCAUUCGUUUUUGAACAAUCAAGAGGGACUUUACCAGUUCGUGUGGUGAAAACAAUCUUGACGUGUCUUUUUAUUGAAAAACGCUUUAAAAAACCGGUCAUGUGCGAGUCGGACUCGGAUUCCAAGGGUUCCGUACAUUUUGGGUAAUGUACGUAUGUAUGUAUGUAUGUAUAUUUUUAACAAUGUAUUUUUUUAAUGUGGAAGUUCAAUGAAAUAUCUUUAAAAACCCGUAAGGGUUGGAUCAAAAACUAAGUAUGAAAUUAUGCCGUAUAAAUAACACUUGCACUGCGUAUGCUAUCAAAAUCGUUGCAGUCUUUUCUUGGUCUAAUUCUAGCGAAACCAAGGGCUGACUAGGAACCUUUUGAACGCCAAAGACGGCAUUUGACGUCGAUCGUUUUUUGAUGAAAAUCUACUGAAAACACCCCACUUUUAAGUUGGCAUUAUUUAUUCACAAAACUAAAUUUUACCCCCGUGGCAUCAGUGGCACGGCAAAUGGAUGCGCCGUUUGGCGUUCAAAAGGUUAAAUAUAGCGUAAAGUCAAAUGCAAGUCCACAAUGAAAACUAUCCUAAAUAUUAAGAACAACAAUGUAUGUUCAACAAUUUAUUGCAUUUUUUACAAACAUUAACAAAUCCCGUAAUAUAAAUUAAAUAAAACCUAAUUGUAUACUUUUUCAACCGAACUUAAAAAUAAAAUUAACGCAAGUAAUUAUCUUAACAAAAAGUUAAAAAAUUAUGAAUAUAACGGUUAUUCACCAUUGGAACGUUGUGUUUGUAACGCAAAUACCUCAGUCAUACGCCAACAACUUUACUAAGUUUUUUGUCUUUGCCUACAAAGUUGUAUCGUCUUAAUAUCGAACGUAAUUAUCACUUUUACGACAGUUAAAGCUUGCCAAAGGUUAAGCAUAACUACUUUAUACUUAUAAUCGUUAUAAUGUAACUUUUUUUUGUUCUAUUUAAUUAUGAAAUAGGAUUUAUUUUAAUUUAAAGCGAGUUCACAGUUUUGUAUGGAUAUUUCACAAUAUCUGUUAAUUUUGUAACUAAGUUUAUUUGUAAAUAAUAAUAAAAUGACAUGAGUUCGA